CAGCUAUCUAUAUGUCACCAAUGUUAGUUAUUUACGCUUGGAAUGAAACUACUAGAUCAUGUCAUUUAAACUCUAAUAUAGCGAUAUAUAUCUAUAUAUUCAGUCAAAUCGUUUUAUAUUAUGUUUUAGCACCUCUAUUAAUGAUUAUAUUUGGAUUUUUAACGAUAUCUAAUAUUCGUCGACAAUCAACGCGCUUAGUAUAUUUAAGUGUAUGUAUGCGACGACGUCGUUCUGAGAGACAAUUAACUCAAAUGUUACUUCUUCAAGUAGGUGUUCAUCUUAUUCUUACUCUUCCAUUUGGUAUAAUCUAUUGUAUGAAUUCAUUAAAACCAUCAACACGCACACCAGAUGUAUUAGCUGUACGGUAUAUAUUAUUAAUGUGGCAACAACUUGAUUAUUUUAUAUCGUUUUUUCUUUAUUUUCUUUCUGGAAGAGUUUAUCGUGAACAAUUACUUUAUUUAUUGAAAUUUAAUAAUUCUUAUCAUACAUAA